AUGAGGAACCCUCGCUGCGCCCCGCUGCUGCUCCUGCUGCUGCUGCCGCCGCUGCUGCUCACUCCGCACGCCGGGGACGCCGCCGUCAUCACCGGGGCCUGCGACAAGGACCCCCAGUGUGGCGGGGGCAUGUGCUGCGCUGUCAGCAUCUGGGUUAAGAGCAUAAGGAUCUGCACACCUAUGGGCAACGUGGGAGACAGCUGCCAUCCGAUGACUCGUAAAAACCAUUUUGGAAAUGGGAGGCAGGGAAGAAGAAAGAGGAAGAGAAGAAAAAGGAAAAAGGAGGUUCCAUACUUUGGGCGGAGAAUGCAUCACACAUGCCCAUGUGUGCCCGGCUUAGCCUGCGUCCGGGCCUCCUUCAACCGAUUUGUGUGUUUAGCCCGAAAGUAAUCACUUCAGAGUAGAAACCGUACAUGUGAACGUCUGUGUGACGUCUGUAAGAUUGUUGCUUGUGAUUGUGCCAACACAGCGCAGGCCAGAGACACGCUGCGCGUCCUUGACUCCCGAGAAGCAUUUCCUGCUUUGAUGUUUAAAUGACCUCCUCUUAUUGGAAUGAUUUUAGUUUGAGGCAAGUGGAGUGGGCAUUAUGAAACCGGCUCCUGUUUCCCUGUUUGUGCGAGGUUUGGCUUGGCUUUUCUUGAAUGCCAGUAACACCCAUUUUCACAGAAAUAAGGACAACAAGAAUUUGAUAUUUUGUUACAGAAACUUUUUUCUUAACCCUCCUCCUAUCCAUGCCCUAUCACACACACACACACACACACACACACACACACACCCUUCUUCGCCCUUUGAUAUCCUCUCUCACUCCUUAAAGAGUUUUAAGGACUCUUGGCCAUUUGCUUUCUGCCCCUCUGAUAUUUUAAAAUAGGGGGGUCACAGGGGGUUUUCAUACCCUUUAGCCUGCCAGUGGAGUCAUUGAUGAGAAUCAAGCUUUUUGAUACUGAAACAGUGAAGAGUGUAACCUGACCUAGACACUCCAGACUCCUUCCCCAGGGUCGGGGCGCUCCUCCUGUGCAGGGGGACCUCAGGUUUGCUGCGUAACUGCAUGAGGACAGAGGAAUGGAAGUCAAACUCAUUCAGCCCAGAUACAUAGACUUUAAAAAAGACUUUCCAAUUCAGAAGCGAUUUUCAACUGAUGUGCCACAAGAAUCUUUAAAGCAACACCUGACUAUUUGGUCGGGGCACUGCCCUCUCUUCCUGAGAUUGUGAAAUAAAACAAUGACAACGGCCCAUACACAGCAGGCACUCGGUGUGAAUGAGUCAAACGUAUACCUGCUGUUUUUGUUCAGAUAGGCAAAAUAUAGAUUGUUUUGGUGUGCCACAGAAUUUUAGUAAUUAGUUUGUGUGAAUAUCCCUACAAUGCAUUCUUUUAUGAAAUUAAUUUUAUUAGAAAAGUCUUGUACUUAGAGAUGCUCCCGAAAAUGUCACUUGAAGAGGAAGUAUUGAUUUUACUCUGGCGUAACACUAGUUAUCCUUGUAAAACUGGUAUUAAGUUGUAACUCAAACUUCAUCUGUAACCAGAAGUUCAUUGUAACGAAUUGCCUGAUGUCCUGCCAUUAGUACUGUGUCGAUA